UUUGAUCGCUUCUGCUUCGUACAAAAACUUGAGGACCCAAAGAGUCACUCCAUAUGGCAGAAGCGUGCUAUCGUCGCCAUCAUCACCCUGUCGGCCUUCACAGCACCCUUUGCCUCAUGCAUCCUCUUCCCAUCCUUUGCAACCCUGGUGGACUACUUCCACACCACGGAGACCGAGGUCGCCCUCACUACGACUGUCUUCCUCCUAGGCCUAGCGAUUGCUCCAUUGUGGUGGAGCACCCUGAGCCAGGAGUACGGCCGCCGACCUGUGCUGGUGGCAAGUUUUCUCAUCUCGACGGCGGCCGUUAUCGUUUGUGCGGUUUCCAACUCGCUGUCCCUGAUCAUCGUAUUUCGACUUGUCGAGGCGCUGGGUUGCUCAUCCGCCCAGAGCGUUGGCGCUGGUGUUAUCAGCGACAUCUACAUCUCGACCGAGCGUGGAUCAGCCCUAGGGUGGUUUUACCUGGGGACUCUGAUCGGGCCUCUGAUCGCUCCAAUCAUUGGGGGUGCCUUGCAAGUAUGGCUUGGCUGGCGUUCAAACUUGUAUUUCAUGGCCAUCUUUACCUUUAGUGCUGCCAUGCUCACUAUGCUGUGCCUGCCCGAGACAUUGGUCAAGACCGCCGAGGGCCAACAGGAGGAGCAGAGGUCGUGGUACAAGACGGUCAAGCGUGAUGCACUGGCUCCGCUGCCCAAGUUGCAGCUCCUUCUGGUGCCGUCUAUCGCCUUGACCAUCGCCUACGUGAGCAUCUGCUUCGCCAGUCUCUACUGCUUUAACACAACGCUCCCUUAUGCUUACUCGGCGCCGCCCUACAACUUCUCCGCCAUUGAGAUUGGCCUUUGCUAUAUCAGCAACUGUCUGGGAUACGCAAUCGGGAGCAUCCUCGGUGGCAAGUUGAGCGACGCUAAGCUACGCCAGUACCAGCUCGCCCAUGAUGGCGAGCUUCGCCCUGUUGAGCGAAUCAAGACGGUGUGGUACGGUGUCGGCUUUGUCCCGGCCGGACUGCUCAUCUACGGGUGGCUGGUUGAGCACAAGGUAUUCUGGGUCGCCCCUCUGGUUGGUGCUUUCUUGUUUGGACUGGGACUCAUGCUCGUCACCACGACGAUCAUGCCCUUCCUUGUCGAUAUCAAGCCGGGAGUUGGUGCUUCUGUCGUGGCUGAUUUGAACUUGGUCCGCAACAUCCUGGCCGCUAUUGGCACCGUCGUGUCGCCUGUUGCCAUAACAAAUAUUGGUUUUGGAUGGUGGAUGUCUAUCUUGGCUUUGAUGUGUUCUUUAGCA